AUGGCUACCCUAGCAACAUUUGUUAUUCUGGCAUUAUUUAAUCCCUUACUCUACUCUCUUCUCAAUGCAUCACCCUCCAUUGGUGUGCUCGAGACGAUAUGGGUGGCUUAUACGUGCACGACGUAUGAGGUCUUCUCGUCUAUCGGGGACUCACCAUUUGUCAUCAUUGAUCAGAUGAAUUUGAAAAAGGUGGAGGUUGAUGUUACCAAAGGAACUGCUUGGAGAGGGGGUGGAACCACCAUUGGUGAGGCUUACUAUCACAUAGCAAAUGCUAGUAAGGAUCGUUAUGGUUUCCCAGCAGGAACCUGCCCUACAGUGGGAAGUGGGGGGUACAUUAAUGGAGGGGGAUUUGGGCACAUGUCUCGGAAAUUUGGGCAUUCUGCUGAUAAUUUAUUGGAUGCGUUGGCGGUAAAUGCUGAGGGGCUUCUAUUGAAAAGGACCGCAAUGGGGGAUGCUAUGUUUUGGGCCAUAAGAGGUGGUGGUGGUGGAAGUUGGGGAAUUGUAGUAGCUUGGAAGCUCAAGUUAGCUGAUAUAAAUAGAAACGUGACCAUCUUUAGAAUUGGUAGAGCCGAAAAGAAAACAGUUGUGAAUUUCGUUCGGAAGUGGCAAGCAAUAGCCUACAAUUUUCCUAAUGGGUUUCAUCUCCGAGCUAUUUUGGCGGCUAAUUCGAGUCGCAUUAUUAUUGUUUCUUUCUCCAAGAAGGGCCUUCCGGUUCUAUCAUUCUUGACCCCUAUGGUGGGAAAAUGGAUGAUUUCGGGCCAGAUGCUAUACCCUUUCCGUAGCAUACGGAACAUAUAUAGAAUUCAAUAUAUAAUAUAUUGGCAAAGAGGAGAAGAAGAUUACAAGUACUUGAAUUGGAUCAAACACUUCUAUGAGUAUACGGAGCCCUAUGUGAGCAAGUCCCCAAGAGAGGCUUAUGUCAAUUACUUAGGCAUAGACUUAGGAGCUGCUAAAAAUGGAACUGCAAGUGAGGAAACGGCAAGAGAAUGGGGUACAAAGGAUUUCCAAAACAAUUUUGAUCGUCUGGUUGGGGUGAAGAGCCAGGUUGACCCUCACAAUGUGUUUAUUAAUCCACAGAGUAUUCCUGUUGACCCGAAACAAGUACAUUGA